AUGGCGAUGAUGAUGACUGGCCGUGUGCUGCUGGUGUGUGCCCUCUGCGUGCUGUGGUGCGGUGCUACGGUGGUGGGGUCGGUGGCGAAUGAUGUUGUCGAUGGCGGAAUAAAGGAGGGUCCAUUGGGAGGUUCGCAGUCUGAUUUUAGAGACGAAAAAGCAGGAAAACCGGAAUUAUCGGAGUCAGUCGAUGAGGGCUUAGGGUCCGCGGGUCACUCGUUGGAUACACGAUCAGGCACUAACGUCAGUGAGCAAGGGAACCUGGUCAACGAACCACCAACAGGGAAUGUUGGGAAGGAAGAAGUAGAAGGAGAAGCCCUCGGAACACAACGCAAUGAAGUACAUGAACAGCAAGUAGAAGAGGAAGGCAAAGAACUAACGGUGAAACAGAAAUCUCAAACAAAGGAUAAAGGAACACUACCACAAUCAACACCACCGACGACAGCAGGCAGAAUAACAUCCCCACCACCGACGCCAGCACUAAUGCAAGGAUCACCGAGAACGCCAGGACAACCAAAAGAAAACUCACAAAAAUCAACAGGGCAGCCACCAAAGCUACAAGUACCACCAGCAAAAUCGCCAUCACAAGCAUCUGAUCUCGGUGAAGCCGAUGCUGGUCCCGUUGGAAUUAAAGGCACCGGUCGAAAUGUUAUUGGUGGCAGUCUUGAUAAAAAUAAAGAUCCUAAAGGAAGAGAAGGUCAUAUUUCCGGGCCACCUUCCGGUGGUGCUUCUUUAUCUCCCAUUUCCAACAAUGGAGACGCUUCACAGAUGAAUGGCGGUGCACCAUCCACUCAGGACACGAAAUCUUUAAAAAACAAUGAGCAGUCAGGGCCAACAACAUAUUCAGGGAACGCACCACUCAACAGGGAGACACCGGAGACGUCAACACCCGAUGCAAAACAGCACUCCUCUGAAACACAAGAAAAUGAAACGAGUCGAGUUGCUGACGGGGAUGCAAAUUACACCGCCGCGGGGCAGAGUGCCGUGGGGACGAAAGGCUCUUCCGGCGUAUCGACUACCGCCAGCAACGCACCAACAACACUUCAACCACAACUGCCAGCAUCUCCAGUACCACCCACAGCGACAGUAACGGGAGCGCCGGCAGAAAAACCAACUGCGGAACGCUCACCACCACCGGCAGAUUCAACAACAGGAGGAAACCUAGCAGCAACAACUACAGCCCCAACGAAUGAUACUACGACGAAGCCUGGCGACAGCGACAGCAACACCGCGGUCUCCCACACCACCUCCCCUCUUUUGCUUCUUCUUGUUGUUGUUGCUUGUGCGGCUGCGGUGGUGGCCGCGUGA